AUGUUGCAAGCCGUGUCGUCGGCCCACGACGACCAUCACAUCCGUUCAAACUCCUCAUCCAUUGCCUCCAUCACCCGUUCCCUCCAUGACUCCCGCACCCACCUUCUCCUCGCCUCCUCGGGCUCAGUGGCCACCAUCAAGCUACCCCUCAUCAUUCAGGCCCUCUCCUCACACCCCAACCUCAGCAUCCGCGUCCUCCUCACCCCAUCAGCAUCCCGGUUCCUGGCCGGCCAGUCCGCAGAGCAGCCUACCAUCUCAACUCUGCAUCGAAUGUCCAACGUAGACGGUGUCUACAUCGAUGAGGACGAGUGGAAAGAACCCUGGAAGCGCGGCAAUGCCAUUCUGCAUAUCGAGCUUCGGCGCUGGGCCGACCUUCUCGUCAUUGCUCCGCUGAGCGCCAACACCAUGGCCAAGAUCGUUGGCGGUAUGGCAGAUGGUAUCCUGACGAGCGUAGUACGGGCCUGGGAUGCACGAGGAGAGCUGGAUUCCGACACGAAACGCAUAAUUGUCGCUCCGGCGAUGAACACAGCUAUGUGGCGCCAUCCGGUCACCGCCAAGCAGAUCAGAGUACUGGAUGAGGAGUGGGGUAUUGGCAAGAAUGGCAAGGGCGAGGGUUGGUUCGAGGUGCUGCGUCCACAGCAGAAAACUCUGGCCUGUGGGGAUGUUGGAGAUGGCGCUAUGAUGGAAUGGAAGGAGAUUGUUUCUGUGAUUGAGGAGAGAUUGGGUUUGACUUAA